UCCACGGGACUAGAACUCACGGUUUCCCGGUUCCUAUCCUGGUGCCUUAACCACUACAUCAAACUGGCUCUCCACAGUGCUAAUUAGUUUUGGCUUUUUUACCCGAAUUACUGGAAAUAUUACAAGGAUGUGCUUUUGAAUGUGUGUUUCUCGCGUUUCUUGCCAUCAGUUUUCCCUCUUAUAGCAACAGCAACCGCACCAAGUUACUUCCCCCAGGCGCCCGGCUCUUGAACGCCACGCUUUCCGCCACCUUUCCGAGUUGCCGUCUCCCUUUUCAUCAUAUACAGCUCUUUAUGUGCUCAUCACGUGCAUCGGCACAUUUCUGCCCCCGCCACCGCUAAAAUGAACAGGUUUCCAACGGCGCGUGGAGAUGGGAGCGGCGAGUCCUUCCAUACGAUCCCUUUAACCGGCGUUGUCAGCCGAAGUGGAAAAACGCGCUAACGCGACCCAAAGACGGCAAGUCAGCGGACCCUUCUCUCCGGUUCUUGUGACUGAACCUUUGCCCCGGGGAACUUGAUCGCGCCGACAGCCACAGACCGUGGCGGGAGUAGGAAACGACGUCGCUGCCCCGGCGGAGGGGAAGAGACCGCGGCCGCGAGCAAAUGAGAGUCCGGGGCCAGCCUAGAUGACAUCUCUUCUAAUGCAAUGAUCCAGCAGCCCCAGAAUGAAUUUGACAGCAGUGUGGAGAAAGCAGUAGAUUGGAUGAAGACCAUCCAGGAGAGACUGCGGAUCAAUGACAAUACUAAGGGGCCUCGGUCUGCCUUGGAGGCCAGACUCAGGGAUACAGAGAAAAUUUGUGCUUUGGAACCUGAAGGGCGAUUGAAAAUGGAUUUGGUCCUAAUGAAGGCUGAUGCUCUGCUUCAGUGUAUCAGUGAGGAACAAAAACAUGAAAUAUUAUCCAGGCUAAAGGAUGUUAAGGCCAUGUGGGAAGAAACAGCCAUAUACAUUACUCAUUGUCACAGCCGCAUUGAGUGGGUGUGGCUGCACUGGAGUGAAUACUUGAAGGCCCAGGAUGAAUUUUACACCUGGCUUCACAAUAUGAAGGUGACCCUGGAACCUGACAUAGAGUUGCAGCUUGGCUUAAAGGAGAAGCAAUGGCAGCUUAGCCAUGCUCAGGUUCUACUGAAGGAUGUUCAGAAUCAGUCAACCUUGCUGGAACGGCUGCUGGAGGAAGCCAUGUCUCUGUAUAACCGGAUUGGAGAUGCAAGUGUUGAUGAAGAUGUCCAGAAAAAGAUGAAGGAGGAAUAUGAAGAAAUCAGGAAUGAAGCAGAGAGAAGAGUGGUGUUACUUGAAAAGAUAACAACAGAACAUGAGCGAUAUAAGAUCAGUGUUGACCAGUUUCAGCUAUGGCUGACCCAGCUAACAGAAAGAUUAAACUGCUGCCUUAAUCAAGAAUCAAAACUGCCAGCAGAAAAUAGAAUUAAAGCAUUACAGGACAUUAUAAAAGAUGUAAGGAGUGGAGAAAAGAAAUUCAAACAUCUGGAAGUGCAGUCUGUAGAUGUAAUGCAAAACACCUCUCCCCUGGGAGCAGAAAAGAUGAAGGCUGAGCUUGAGGAUCUGAAAAAAGUCCUGGAGAAGCUGAAGCUGGUGAGUGUGGAGGAAGAAGAGAAACUGCUGAAGAGCCUUCAGUCUGAAAAUACCUAUCACACCCAGGCCAGGCUGCUAGAAGCCGAGGUUCAAGAAUUCCGUAAAGGCCUACAAAGACUAGGGAACCAUUUUGAAAAGGAUGAUACCAUGAGAAGCGAUGAGGACUUAAUCUCUUUGUGGAGACAGUACAUGGCAACAAAGACAACUCUUACAGCAGAAGAAUCAAAGGUUGAGAGACUGAAGAUUCAACUGAAGGAGUUGUUCAAGUUUUCACAAAACUUGCAGCCUCUUUCUGAGAGUGUGAUCCAUGCUAUACGAGAAUAUCAAAGUCUGAAGGGGAAGAUGUUUAAAAUGAGCACGGAGACGGAAACUGAGUUGAGGCAGCGCUUCCAAAACCCCCUGAGGGAGUUUCAGCUGUGGAAACCAUCAGCUCAGCGGCUUCUGGACACCACAGCCCAUGUUUCUGAUCCUGCCUUGACAGAUGCGUUCCUGCGUCAGAUUGAGAUCUUUCUGGCUGAAAGCUCCCACCUUAAGGAACAGCUCCUGAAAAUCCAGUUGAAAAAAGAUUUCCUGAAUAAUAUUUUCAAAGAGGAGAGAGCAAAGUUACUCUUGGUGGAAGUUAGCGAUGCUACAAAGGAAUUAGAAAACCUGCACAAAGGGCUACUCCAGAGGAGAAGCAGGUUACAGGCUUUGGUAUCACAGCAUAAAGACUUCGAUGCAUCCUUCAAGCUUCUGCAGAUGGAAUUGUCUGCUAUCAGAUCCAAGCUAAAUGCAGAAAAAGAACUGCUGCCUGAUCUGGUGGGUAAAGAAGCCCGGCUGCAAAGGCUAGAGAGCAUCCAAGGAGACCUGGAGGAAUGUGCAGUCCAAAUGGAAGAAAUAGAGAAACUUGUUCCAUCAGAUCCAGCACAGAUGCAUAAAAUAAAACAGUGUUCUUCUGACUGUCAAAUACUUAAGAGAUCAUUGGAGAUCAUGAUUGCACAAAGUAAGCAACACAUUCAGAAACACUGGGCUUUUAAUGACAAAGUAUCAGAUCUCCGACAGUGGCUUACAGUGACCAAACAGAAACUGGAAUCUUACUGCGAUGCCAAAAGUCACACUGCAAUUUUGGACUUGGAGAGAUUGCAAACUGAGUUUCCAGGUAGAGAGAUCCAGUUACAUCUCAUUGAAGCCCAUGGGCAUUUGGUUGUAAAAGAGACUUCUUCAGAGGGAGCUGUGAAUAUCCAGGCUGAGGUGAAGAAGCUGAAGGACUCAUUCGAGUUCCUUGAAAACCUGAUGUCAAGGACAGCAGUUGAUGUGGGUAAGAAGAUAACCUGUGUGGGCAACAGGCAGGUGAAAGGGGAUGUUUCCAACCACUCAUGGGGGAAAGUGGCUAAGGGCGAAGAUACUAAUGAGCUCCAACUUAUUAAGAACUUUGAACAAUGGUUGCAAAGAGAAAACAACAAGCUAUCUAAAAUUCUUGCCAUGAAUUCAUCCAGCAAUGAAGAAGUCAAGGCAAGAUAUAGCAAGCUAAAGGAGCUUCAGCUUAGGGUUCCUGAAGGUCAGUAUCACUUUGAAGAGCUUCUGCAUCUUCAACCAGCUGGCCGGAACUGGGAUGAACUAGAGGAAUUGCGCUUCCAAUGGAUGCUCUACAAAUCCAAACUGAAUAACUCUAACAACACAUUGAUGACAAGCUCUUUCAAAGAACCAACCCCAUUCAGAAAGGGUCGACCCGCAGGUGCAUGUUCCUUCCUACGUCGUGUGUGCUGUGCAGCUUUACCCCUCCAGCUGCUGCUGCUGCUGCUGCUGCUCCUUGCCUUUCUGCUCCCUCUAGUGGAGGAGACACACAGUUGCAAGCUCACCAACAACUUUGCACACUCCUUCAACUUAAUGUUGAGAUAUAAUCGCCCACCGCCAACUUAAGUUCUCCAUGCCUGCGAUGCAGCUAAGGUGAUGGAUUGCAUUUUCCCAGUGGCUUUCCCCUGCAGAUCUUUAUCUUGUUUGUGUAAGUCCUUCCAGAAUCAUGGUGAUGGCUAAGGGGCCUGUUUAAACUGGAAAUUUGGUUAAAUGACCACCAUUAUCCGAUGUAUGCUCAGGCUAGAGAAAUGAAGUAUUCAUAUUUAGAGCUAAAAUACAUUUUUAAAAUAUAUGACUAUAUUUAUAUUGUAUAUAUGAUUUUUUUAUAUAUGUAUGUAUAUCAAAAAUGUCCUGAAAUCAGUGUUUUCAACCAAUCCUGCUCUUUAUUUGACUAUGUCUUUGUUGCAAAAUAGUCUGUGUUGAGCACAAAAAUGAAAAGAAUGAUAUAAGAAGAUGUGAAAACUUGACUUGCCACCCAAAAGUAGCAGCAGCCAUGUGUCAUUCUCCUUCCUGUGUCUGUACACACAUCAUUAUGACACUUUUGAUUGCCAUCCGAUUGAAAAAAUAGUAAUUGAUUAAUUGCAUUAACCAGUUAACUUCUUAUUGAGUCUAUGCAAUAUGAAUAAUCCAGAUGUAGUUGGAUUUUCUAAUCAACCCUUCCCAUUGGCCACCAUGGCUGUUGCUGAUAGGAUAUGUCAUCUGACAAAAUACGGAUGUGCCCAAGCCCUGUUUGAGAAGAUGCACACAUAUGCUGGAGAAGGCAUUAACUUAUAUCCUGGGAAGGGAAUGAGGGACCCCUCUUUUAAGGUGCCACUCGCCCUCUGUAGAUUUUACGUAUGCCUACAUUAAAAGUAGUAUAUUUUUAAAAAUCUACUGCCCAGUUAAUUAUAGUUGAUUACUAUUAAAGGGAGAACCAUAGCUCAAUGUUAAAUAACAGUUUUGCAUGCAAAGGAUUCCAGUUCCAAUCUAUAGCAUAAGUUUGAGUUGGCUUGAAUCUCUGGAGAUUUGCUACAGAAAACAUUGCACUAAAUAGUCCAGUGGUCUGACUAAAUAGGUUGCUGCUUCCUAUUUCCCCAUAUUAAUUGUUUAAUCAAAUGUGGUCAUCCUACUGAUCAUUAUGGCUAUUGCCAAUAUCCUCAUCUCACUUUUUUUUUUAUCUGUUUACCUUACUAGCAGAAAAAGGAAACCAUCAUGGGGUUGCCAUUUUGAUCCUAGCCAUGAUAGAUUUUUUAAUCACAUCUCAAUAUACCUAAUGCUCAAACAUUGAGAAACUAACAAAAUUAACAAGGGAAUCUUGUGAUAUAAAAAUUCAUAGAGAAUGCAGAAGCAAAUGGUAUACAAUCAUAAAAAUAAAUAAAAAAGGCUGGCUGGAUGACUUUGGGCCAGUCACUCUCUCUCAGCCCAACCCACCUCACCCUCCUGGUCAUAUUCCCAACAGCAAGUAUUAGGUGGCAUAAAGCCUUUGAUCUUGGAGGCAGGAUAUAGCCAGCAUAAUUAGUAGCUCCUGAAAGCCUUAUUUGUCUUAUCAGCUUGUCUGAUCCCUUUUCUACAAGGCCUAGGUGAUGAGACUUAGGUUCACGUUAGUGAAACCGUUCAUACUAUGAAAUAUUUUCAUGAAAAUUUCAUGAAAAUAUGAAAUAUUUUCAAUGAAACUAAGUUCACACUAUAGCUGAAGUGAAUCAUGAUCUGAUUUGCCUCAACAAAACAAUUUGAGUGGCCUCAAACCACAUAGGCCAGUGUUGCAGGAGAAGAUUCUUCUCAGACUUCUCUCCUAGUGCCAGCUGGAGAAUUCCCAGGUUGGGCAGUUUUGGGAUUGUCCACAGUAUGCCCCAGAGCUGCCUGGCCUGGAAGACUUCAGUGGAUGAGGUUCUGGCAAGUAGUUUGGACAAGGCAAGUACCACAUUCUCAGGAUUGCUUGCCUCUUCCUUUGGCAAGGAUUGCAGAGAAGACAUCACUUACCUCCUCGAAACCAUACGCCAAAAGCUUCUGGCAGAUCAUCAAGAGAACACACCAGGCCGGACAGCUUCAGUGUUUGCCAAAAUGUCCCAGCCUGGAAAACCUUCAUUCAGUGUGUGCCAAGUGACUGCUUUUGGUGUACACUAUAAUCAGUCACAGCAUUCACUGAAACUGCCAUAUCAGGAAGCCCUUGGACAGUGCUGUAGGAGAAGGCUUCUUUCAGCCUUCUCCUGUAGUACUCACACAAGGAACUCCUUUCAGCCUUCUACCACAGCAAAAGCUCUGUAGGAGAUUGCUGAGAGGUGGUAACAAAGUACAGUGAGGUGAACCAACAUGGUCGCUUCACUCUUAGAACCGUCAGGACCACUUUGCUUUCCAAUGGUGCUUUAUGCAAAUCUCUGUUGAAGUCAAAACUUCACACAACUGUACUUUCUCCAUUUUGUGGAAAGGCAUGCCAAUAUAACUAUGCACCGCAUGAAGAAGGAUUUAUUUUUGUCUGUCCUCAAUUUCCCACUAUUCAUCUAGAUUUGGUUGACUUGGAGUUCUCAUAAAUAGUAAACAUAGUAAGCAGGCAGUUAGAAUAUUUAUCUGAUUGUUCCAUGUAGCAUAGUCAAAUCAGAGCUGGCACAUUGUAGUUCAGAUAGAAUCAUAUAGUGUGCUUUUAAUGUUCUGCGAAAAGGAGAGAAGUCAACUAUAGUUUUAUGGUGUGUGUGUGUGUGUGUGUGUGUGUGUACUUCAGCUGGGUUCACAAAUCAUGCUAAGUCAUAGUGUGGUUUUCUUUGAUUUUAGUUUAAUAUGUUGUGCAAGGUUUUAUAGUAUGUAAAUCAUGGUUUAUGGCUUGGCACAAUUUGGCUUUUUCAGACAGCAUUGUAAAAAAAAUGGCAGCCAUGAUUUAGUGCAAUGUGUGAACCCAGUCCACUUAUGUACCAGAUACGUAACCCAGUGGAGGACCUACUCACUGCCUUCUUAAAUCUUAAGAAGUGUUAAAGAUAUUUGAACAUGGUAUGGAUGGUGCAGCUGGAACCCUGAGCCAUAUUCUGAAUCUGCAAAGACAUUGCAGUGCAUCUGGGAGAUACAGGAAAGGGCAUGAAAAGGAGACCGGGGGAGGGGGGAAGACAAUGAAGAAGAGGAAUGAUGGGGAAGGCAAAUUGGCAGGCAAAAGAGAAAUGUAUCAUCUUGGGAUCAGUUAGUUCAAAAUAGGGCUGCUGACUCUCCAACAAUUCAGUGGCCCUCUGCCUUUCACAGUAACAUGAUAGACAUGCAGAUAUUGGUAGGGGAUAAUGUUUUCUCUCGAAGAUGUGAAAAGCUUCAUCUGUCAAUUUCUACACAUCAAGUAGAAGAGUACAAGAAAAGCCAGGACUGAUCUUCUGGCAACCCUAGGUAAGACUCUGCUCUAGGGGUCAUAGGAUAGGAUGCAUUCUUCUUACCCCUCUCUGUUUCAGACUGCAGAUUGAUGUAGUUGGCAGGGUGCAAAAUUACAUCUGCAGAACAAUGUUGGUAACAGAUUAGCCAAAAACAACCCUUUGAACCUUGGACCAAUUGUUUUCCUUUUCCUAUCCCUCUUCCUUUUCUCUAAGAAAAAAGCCUUUCCGCAGCUUGAGUUGCUACCCCAAAUCCCCUACAGAGCAUAAAAAUGUCCUGUGCAGAAUGGUGCAACACAUCCAGAGUCUCCAGCUUGUCUCUGUAAAUCUCCUACAGUCCAGAAACCAAGCAUUUGGCCUUACCCAAAUACAAUUAAGAGACAGAUCAUAUGAGAUACUGUGCUAAGGAAGCAGCUGAUAGGGUGGAGGAAAAGAUGUGUCCACCUGACCCAAACCUCAAUGCAAGGAAGAAGCUAAUUUAUCUCCCACAGCUGUUGUUUCAGUAAUUCCCUAGCUAACAAUUAGCUAUUGCUGUGUUAAGGUUUUGCUUAAUGUGUUAUGUGGUUUGGAAACCAUGAUCUGUGGUUUAGCAUUUGGGCAAAGCUAAUUAUGUUUUAUUCAGUAAACCACAACUGUGGCUUAGUAUGAUGUAAGAACCCAGCUGAUAUUCCACACACAUCUUUACAGGGAAUCUUAAUAUUAUUUUAAUUAAUAUACAGUGCUUAGGUUUUCUGGAAAGGAAAUCCAGAUAUUCAUAUUGGAAGGAUGUAUGGAUCUCCUGUGGAAAAUAAUGGCUGCAUUCUGUGAAUAUGUGCCAUCAAAGGCCAUCUGGGGAGAAAAUAAAGGCUUAUGUGAUUCCCUCCCCUUUGUACAAAGCUUGUGUUUGCAGGAAAAUUCACUGUAUCCAUUGUUAAUAACAACAACAAGACCAGCUGCAGCACAUUCAGUCUGAAGGCUUAGAGUCUAAAACGAAAAUGGGUAUUACUAGUUCAUUUGGCAACUCCAAUCUUUUAUCUCAAAUACAGAAAUAAACAUUGAAAUGCAGGAGGCAGCUGAAAAGUGGCAAUAGGCCACUCUUCAGUGCACACUAAUCUAGAAUGUGUGUCUUGCAAUCUAUUAUCCUUUGCAUAGAUUAUUAUUAUUAGAGGUAGACCUGAACUGAGACAGCAUUCAGAUGAGUUCAGGUAUUUUUCUCUUCUUCUUUGCAUGCAAAUGCAUUUCUCUUUUGUAACUCAGAAUAUUUAUGAAGAUAAAAUAGCUUUUCCUGAAGUUCUGGGGAAUGCAAACAUAUGAAAGCUGAAAAGCAAUAUUUGUGUUUGAUUUGUUGUUGCUUUUUAAUCCACGUCUUGAAUGCUCAAUCCUCUGCCAGGAUGCCUGUUAGUUGAAAUAAGCAAACUGCAUGAUCAGUUCAAUAUAAAAACCAACCCCAGUCUUGGAAACAGCAAAAGAGAAAAAUGUUAUUCUGCUUCAUACCCAUGUAUAGAAACUACUAUGGUUCUAACCAGAAAUUAUGACUAUACUAAAUUUUAUUGAGACUAAAACUUAGAGUGGAGAAGUUGUGCUCUCCUCUCUGAAAACAUUCUGGAACAAUAUAGCUUGGCCUUGCAUGAUCAAAAUGCUUGUAUGUCAGGGAAGGUAGGCAAUCUGGUAUCCUCUUGAUAUUUUUAUUAACGAUUCCAUCCUAUUGGCUACAUUGACUGGGACUGGUAAAUGUUAGUCCAUACCACUGGGGGGUGCCAGGUUGCCUAUUCCUGAUACAGAAGAUUCCCUCUGCUCUUUUGUACCCCUGCCUAGCCCUUCAUUUUGACACAGAUGUGAGUUAGCUAUGGACUGCGUGCAUGCCUCAAUUUUCUGUUCUGUAUUCUGUCUGGCUUAGUACCUAUCUGACUUUGGCUGACCUUGAAAGGAUGUGUUGGGUUUAAUUUGAUUAGUACUUGAACAGGAGACUACCAGGGUUGUGAACUGGACCAGGAAGUCAGAAACUUUCUGGGUGAAGGCAAUUGCAAACCAUUUCCAUAUUGUUGCAAAGAAGGAUGUGUCCAUGAAGUCAUUAGGAGUUGAACUUGACUCAAAGGCGGCUGUAUAUAUCUACAUCUGCCAAGCAUGUAUCCAGGCAUACCAACAGCUCAGCAAUAUAACAGAACUUUGUAGGCUAAUUUGGCUGUUAUAAGACAAGGCUUCUGGGCAAUGACAUUAUUUUUCUGUCAAAAUACUUUCUGCCUUUCUCGGGUAUUUCAUCAAGCUUCAAUCUAGCUCCACUCAGACCCACAAAAGAUUCCCUGUGCACCUGCUAAAGUGGAAGAUAUUAUGCUUACCAUUGUUUAUAGCAGUGAGACCAGCAGUAAAGAUUGAAGUUGCCCUUUUGAGUUACUAAAAUAAACUUUAUUCAGUGCUAGGCAAUAAGUAGUUUUAGUAUUCAUGUGUUGGAAUGAAUCUGACCUGCACAAAUGCACAGAUGGCCCUUGUUACUCAUGGUUCCAUUACCUGUGGUUUCAUGUAUCUGUAGUUGUUAAAAAGAGACCAGACUUCAGUGGUAACAGCUUUCACAUUCCUGAAAUUUUUAAAAACUUUAUGCAUAUGCAAGAUGAUGGGCAAACUUUUGUGUAUUCAGAAAGUAUAUUUUUUCAAGGUCUCGUUAUCUAUAGUAUCAUUAUCCAUGGUUGCUAAACUGGAUUGGCAUCUCUGCAAAUUUCCCAGCAGAAAUAUAGAAUCCCAUCAUGUCCUCCACCCAUGCCAGGAGAAGUACAUCUCCCUAAAGCAGUUGCCUUUCUCAUUUUAAUUUCCACACUAAACUGGUAAGGCACUAAGGUGCCAGAGCUUUUCUUAGAUUCCGAUCCUCCCCCCAGUUGCUUAAAAGAAAACUCAGGUGUCUUUACUGGGUUUUGGACUUUUUACUACUGUGGAUUAAGAGCAGCGGCUGUUCUGCAUAUAAGCUGCUUCAAAUGAUUUAAGCAGAGGACUGAAGCUGCUCAAAUGCAUGUCACUUUAUUGCAUUAAACCAUAUAUUCUGAUGUUCAACUUCACUCACGUCUGCUUGCUCAAAGCCUAGAUAUGGUUGGCCUUCUGAAGCUGCAAUCACAUUAGUUGUUACAGUCAUUAAUCCCCCUUCUGUUGAUUAGUGUGUCAUUUUCAAUAUUGCACAGGCUUUGCCUUCCAUUUAUUGCUUUAAUCCUGUGGAAUUAAAUCUUUUGCAUUGUUAAAGUUAGCUGUGUGUGCAUAAUGUAAAUGGAACAUGCACAUAGACCCACUGUUUCUCCACUAUACCUCUAUAAAAUUGGAAAAGGCUUCUGCUACAGUCUUGAUUUUGGAGAGGAGAAAAACAUCUAUUUUUCAAUCUGCCUUCCUCUCUUUUUAAAAUGAGUCUUAGUUUUGUUUAAUUGAAAACUUUUAUGUUUACUAAAUAAUUAUCAGAUGUCCCUGAAGGGUAAGAUUUACCCUCAAAACAUUAAUUCGACCUGUAACCUGACCAGCACCAUCAUAAUUGCAUGUUGGAUUCACAAGACAAGCAACUUAUUGUUAGUCUCUCUAUAUCAGUGUUUCUCAAUCUUGGCAACUUUUAGAU